GAACCAUCAGACGAACUUUUAUUUAAAGACAGUGCAGAUUUUCAAGAAGAUGGUGAAAUGGAAUAUUGGUCUCAUAGAAUAGAUUAUCUAAAGAAAGAACAUCAAGUUAUAAAUAAAAUAAUUGAGGCUGAAUAUGAUAAAAGCAUUGAAACAACGAAUAAAACAUUUGAACCCCCCAAAAUUACCCACGAAAAAAUUCAAAAAAUUAAGCCUUGUUUUGAUUGGAGAACAAAGAUAAUGAAAUGCUACGAAGAAAAUGCUCAUCAACCUUUAGUGUGCUCAGCGUUAGUGCAAGCUUUUACUAAUUGUGUAACAAAUUGCAGAUUGGAAGAUUGAAGUUAUAAAGUUUUUG